AAUAAUUCAUCUAUUAUGAACGACCUCCUUGUUUGUACAUGCAAACGACCGCUAUUUUACUUGUAAGCUUUCAUUAAGCCAGAAAAAACGUCGCAGAUGGUACUACUGCGGCAAGGAGUUUCCCCUAUAAACUUUGGACAGUUUUGACAUGUGGGUUAACUUCUGUGAUUCGGAAGCAGCGUGAGUUGGACGGCUUGUGGUUGAUGUGACAACUUGUGCAAUCGUAUGUACCUAGAGUUGACAAACAUUUAAUUGAUAGCAACUGUCCUAUAGAAUCGAGGUAGGACUAAGGAGUGCCCAUAACGUUAUUUCUCUUCUUUAUAAGUGUAAGUUAUCGCUAUGGUUGUUAGGCAGUACAAUGAAGAGCUUAAGUAUUUGGAGAAGAUUUCGCCAAGUUGUUGGAAAAUUAAGAAAGGUUUCCAACCAAACAUGAAUGUUGAAGGCGUGUUCUAUGUUAAUAAUCACCUGGAAAAAUUGAUGUUCGAUGAGCUUCGCAAUGCAUGUCGGCCUGGCAUGGUUGGAGGCUUUCUACCUGGUGUAAAACAAAUAGCGAAUGUGGCUGCCUUGCCGGGUAUUGUAGGAAGAUCAGUUGGUCUUCCGGAUGUGCAUUCCGGCUAUGGUUUUGCGAUAGGUAACAUGGCAGCUUUUGAUAUGGGUGAUCCAAAAUCGGUAGUGUCUCCAGGAGGAGUGGGUUUCGAUAUAAACUGUGGUGUGAGGCUCUUGAGGACGAAUCUUCAUGAAAGGGAUGUUCAGCCUGUUAAAGAGCAGUUAGCUCAGAGCAUGUUCGAUCAUAUUCCUGUUGGUGUUGGUUCAAAGGGAAUAAUCCCUAUGAAUGCAAGAGAUAUGGAAGAGGCACUGGAAAUGGGAAUGGAUUGGUCACUUCGUGAAGGUUAUGUAUGGGCUGAAGAUAAAGAACACUGUGAGGAGUACGGCCGCAUGUUGAAUGCUGAUCCAAGUAAAGUCAGCAUGAGAGCAAAGAAGAGAGGACUGCCUCAGCUAGGUACCUUGGGAGCAGGGAAUCACUAUGCUGAGAUACAGGUAGUUGAUGAGAUCUACGAUAAGUGGGCUGCCAGUAAAAUGGGAAUAGAAAUGAAAGGACAGAUAUGUGUCAUGAUCCAUUCAGGAAGCAGAGGCUUUGGGCAUCAGGUUGCUACAGAUGCAUUGGUUGCCAUGGAAAGAGCUAUGAAACGUGAUAACAUUGAGACCAAUGACAGACAGCUAGCAUGUGCACAUAUUAUGUCCCCAGAGGGUCAGGAUUACCUCAAAGCUAUGGCUGCAGCUGCAAAUUUUGCAUGGGUUAACAGGAGCUCAAUGACAUUUCUCAGUCGGCAGGCUUUUGCUAAACAAUUCCGGAUGACACCUGAUGACCUAGAUAUGCAUGUAAUUUAUGAUGUUUCCCACAACAUUGCUAAAGUUGAGGAACAUUAUAUUGAUGGUAAACAGAAGACACUGUUGGUACACAGGAAGGGCUCAACUCGAGCUUUCCCUCCCCACCAUCCACUAAUUCCUGUGGAUUACCAGUUGACAGGACAACCAGUGUUGAUUGGAGGUACCAUGGGGACCUGCAGUUAUGUUUUAACUGGAACUGAACAGGGUAUGCGAGAAACCUUUGGCUCAACCUGCCAUGGUGCCGGUAGAGCCCUUUCUCGGGCGAAGUCACGACGUAACUUGGACUACCAAGAUGUCCUCAAUAAACUAGAAGAAAUGGGUAUCUCAAUUCGUGUUGCUUCUCCAAAAUUGGUCAUGGAAGAGGCACCUGAAUCAUACAAGAAUGUGACUGAUGUUGUUGAUACAUGCCAUGAAGCAGGUAUUAGCAAGAAGUGUAUCAAAUUACGACCAAUUGCUGUUAUUAAAGGCUGACCGCAUACCAGUUUUUCAAAAAAAGUGUCUGAAUACAGUAAAGUAUGUGUUACUGCAUUUAAAAUGCCGCAUUUCAGUAUGUGUGACUGAAAGUAAAACAUCAUCUGUAAUGAAGAUGCAAGAAUUGUUUUGAACUUUAAGUUAUUCUGUACUUACCCACUGAUAAAUUGUGUUAACCAAACUGGAAAAUUUUAUUUUCUUAUCCCAUUAACUAUAUUUUGUAAACUAUCGAUAUCUGAGUUUUCAGUCUUUUACCUUCUGAUUCCUUAAAUGUGAAAUAGAAUCCUCAUGUAAGGUUUUUUUUUUCCCCACCACAAAUGCUGUUGCAGAAGACUUCCUAACAAAGUUUCAUAGUUAGACAAAAAAGGUUAUACUUUCCCUAAAAUGAAAAGCCAUGCUACUUACUUGUGUUUAAAAUGUUGGUAAGUGUCCUUGUCAAGACUGUAUUAGUUAACAGACCUUGAGAAAAUCUAAGAAGUUAAAGAAGAAAGAUAUUUCUUUGUUAUGUUACUAUACAUAUCACAGUGCUCCCAACUGUGUAGUGUGGGAGAAUGUUGUAGAUCACACUGUGAAAUGUAAGACACUUCUUGAUGUUUCAA